CCUAAGGUCUGACAUCCAUCAAGUACGUCACUACCGGCACUCUUUAAACCUUCGCCACUGCUCCCGAGGACACUGGCCCUCUUCUUCAGAAUACAUGGGGACUCUAAUUACCGGACUGAUAACAGCAGCGCUGUUGUACGUUGCUUCCAGGCUAUGGAGGUUGUCAAACAACUACCGCGCAGCCCGCGCCACCGGGGUGCCUAUGGUGAUAUGUCCAUAUGAUCCAGAUAGCGCGUUUUGGUUGGUUAUUUCCGUGCCCAUCCGUCCCAUUCUUCGCUCUCUUCUCCCUUCUGGUCUACCUGCCAGCGUAGAACUGAGUAUCUGGGGUUGGGAAUUCCGGAGGAAAGCGGCUGUCCACGAGGAGCUUGGGCCCGUCUUUUUCCUCGUCAACACGGGCGUUAAUCGGCUUAUUUGUGCGGAUCCAUCCAUGGGCUAUGCCAUUAUGUGCAACAGGAAGGAUUUUACCCAUCCAAGCCUCACCGUCACGGUUAUGGGGCUCUUGGGUUCUAAUAUUUUGACGUCUAAAGAUGAAUCCUGGGCCCGCCAACGUCGCAUCGUCGCCCCGUCUCUGAACGAGCGCAUUAGUCCUGAAGUAUGGACAGUAGGCUUGGGUCAAGCAUCAAACAUGGCCGACGUUUUGAUUUCGUCUUCUGCGUCUCCUAGUGUCCAAAAACCCGCCAACGCAAUAUUUGGCGUCCGCAAGAUUGCCAUGAACGUCCUUUCCCACAUCGCCUAUGGACAGGACAGGCCGUUUACUUUUGACCCGCCUUCGACGAAAUCGUCUGCCAGUAUUUCAUACGUAGAUGCCAUUGCCAUGGUCACUGAACAAAUUACCUACGCUGCAUUCAUUCCUGCCAAGUUUCUAGGGCUAUCCUUCAUGCCGGACGUAGCGCAACGAUUGAGUGCAGCACUGAUACGGCUGCCUGGGCUUACAAGCGACAUGCUCAACCAGGAGCGCCAAAAGAGCGCUUCUGCACCGCCAGAGAAUUUGCAGACUGAGAGUUCGACCGGCAGCCCUGGUACCAUUAUGAAGACGCUUGUCCGCCUGUCAGACCAGGAGAAGGUCCUUACCAAUGAAUCAACUGCGGGAUCCAGUACCUAUCUCACAGAGGAAGAAAUUGCAGGGAAUCUCUUCAUCUUCACGGCCGCCGGCUUCGACACAACUGCAAACACCAUGUCCUAUGCCAUUUCGCUGCUCGCCGCACAUCCCGAGUGGCAAGCCUGGAUCCAGACUGAAAUCGAUUCCGUAUUUGGAGCCCCCGGAACACCGCCUCCAGACUAUGCGACUGCAUUUCCCAAACUAGUCCGAUGUCAAGCUGUCAUGUUCGAAACCCUGCGCCUCUUCCCGCCGGUAGUUCUUCUCAUGCGCACCAUAACCUCACCCCAGAGCCUCGUCGUCGGCGACACAAUAUACAACCUCGCAGCCCCUUGCACCGUCUACGUUAACUCCAUGGCCCUCCACACCUCACGCGCCUCCUGGGGCGACGACGCCCUCUCUUUCAACCCUGCGCGCUGGCUCCAACCGGGCAAUCCAGACCCCGUGCUCAUGACGCCGCCCCAAGGCACGUUGAUCCCGUGGUCUGUGGGCCCGCGCGUGUGUCCCGGGCAGAAGAUGUCGCAGGUGGAAUUUGUCGCCGUCGUCUCAACCCUCUUCCGCAAGUGCAACGCCAGACCCAUUGUGCACGGCGGCGAGUCCUUGCAAACGGCGCAGGCCCGUUUGCUUGAUAUGCUGCAGAAUAGCCAGCCUGUGUUGACGCUGCAGAUUAGCAGGCCCCAGGAUGUGGAGAUUGAGUGGCUGAAGCGCGCGGUGAAGGCUUAGUUGUUGCGAGGGGUAUUGGCGUGAGAUGGGGAGAAGAGGCGAGGGGUGUUGGUUGAUUUAUUAUGCUCCCCCCUUCUGUCUGUUUCACCCGAACUGUGCGUGUUUAGGUUUGGAUCCAGCUUGAGGUUUGGUGGUACUUCGGAGAGGUGGAGGGCGGAUAUGAUCACAUCAUGCGGUGAUGCGAUCGAUGCUUAUUUUUAUUUGGAAUCUUUGCUACAUAGCAGAAGAUGCUAUUUGUGGUGUAUAAUCUGAAAGGCUGUUUUGGGCUAUUUGCUGGACAAAUUCAUAUAUGGUUCGCCCUUUCUGGUGCACGGUAAGCCUGCUUUGAAUCUACGACCGAAUUCAAGUGAAGCAGUGGAGUGCAUGAAGAAUCAGGGUGCUUUGACAUCGG